CGACGACUACGACGACGAGGCGAGCGGACGGAGGCGGCGCCUGAGGCAGCGGUGGAGCCCAUGCCCCGGGACGGCGGGAGGGCCCGGAGAGACGAGUCCGGGGCCCGGGGCAUGUCCCCGGGGCCCCCGUGAGCAGGCGGCGGCCGCGGCGGCGAUGGAGACCCCGCCGCAGGAGGCGCCGCCCGGGCCGGGCGCGGACGGCGACGCCGAGGAGGCCGCUGGCGAGGCUGGGUCCCCCAGUCCCGCCUCGCCCCCCGCCGACGGGCGCCUCAAGGCGGCGGCCAAGCGCGUCACGUUCCCGUCGGACGAGGAUAUCGUGUCCGGCGCGGUGGAGCCCAAAGACCCCUGGAGACAUGCCCAGAACGUGACCGUGGACGAGGUGAUCAGUGCCUACAAGCAAGCCUGUCAGAAGCUGAGCUGCAGGCAGAUCCCCAAGCUCCUGCGGCAGCUGCAGGAGUUCACAGACCUCGGGCACCGCAUCGACUGUCUGGACCUGAAAGGUGAGAAGCUGGACUACAAGACCUGUGAGGCCCUGGAGGAGGUCUUCAAGCGGCUGCAGUUCAAGGUCGUGGACCUGGAGCAGACAAACCUGGAUGAGGAUGGUGCCUCCGCCCUCUUCGACAUGAUCGAGUACUACGAGUCGGCCACGCACCUCAACAUCUCCUUCAAUAAGCACAUCGGCACGCGGGGCUGGCAGGCCGCCGCCCACAUGAUGCGCAAGACCAGCUGCCUGCAGUACCUGGACGCGCGCAACACGCCCCUGCUGGACCACUCGGCGCCCUUCGUGGCACGCGCCCUGCGCAUCCGCAGCAGCCUGGCGGUGCUGCACCUGGAGAACGCCAGCCUGUCGGGGAGGCCCCUCAUGCUGCUCGCCACGGCGCUGAAGAUGAACGUGAGCCUGCGGGAGCUGCACCUGGCCGACAAUAAGCUCAAUGGUUUGCAGGACUCGGCCCAGCUGGGCACCCUGCUCAAGUUCAACUGCUCCCUGCAGAUCCUGGACCUGCGCAACAACCACGUGCUGGACUCAGGUCUCGCCUACAUCUGUGAGGGCCUCAAGGAGCAGAGGAAGGGGCUGGUGACCCUGGUGCUGUGGAACAACCAGCUCACGCACACGGGCAUGGCCUUCCUGGGCAUGACGCUGCCCCACACGCAGAGCCUGGAGACCCUGAACCUGGGCCACAACCCCAUCGGGAACGAGGGCGUGCGGAACCUCAAGAACGGGCUCAUCAGCAACCGCAGCGUGCUGCGCCUCGGCCUGGCCUCCACCAAGCUCACGUGCGAGGGCGCGGUGGCGGUGGCGGAGUUCAUCGCCGAGAGCCCCCGCCUCCUGAGACUGGACCUCCGCGAGAACGAGAUCAAGACGGGCGGGCUCAUGGCGCUGUCCUUGGCCCUCAAGGUGAACCACUCCCUGCUGCGCCUGGACCUGGACCGUGAGCCCAAGAAGGAGGCGGUCAAGAGCUUCAUCGAGACCCAGAAGGCGCUGCUGGCCGAGAUCCAGAACGGCUGCAAGCGCAACUUCGUGCUGGCGCGGGAGCGCGAGGAGAAGGAGCAGCGGCUGCAGCUGUCGGCCUCCAUGCCCGAGAUCACCAUCACCGAGCCGCCGCCGGCGCCCGCCGCGGCGCAGAACGGGGCCCCGGGCCCCGCGCCCGGCCCGGACUCGGACUCGGAUUCAGACUCUGAGGGGGAAGACGAGGAGGAAGACGGGGAGAGGGAUGAGGCCGGCAGAGACCAGAGUCCCUCGGCCCCCUGCCCUGCCCUGGUGCCCCCCACAGACUCCCUGGGCCCUGGGGACAGGAGCCCCCCAGGCAGCCCCCCCUCCCCCUCUGAGCAGCGCAUUUCCGUGUCCAGCCCGGGCCGGGGCCACAAGGUGUUUGUGGUGACCCGGGUGGAGAGUCCUCCCGAGAGGGCCGAGCCCCCUGUGCCGCCCGCCCCCCUCUCCCCUCCCUCCCCUCCCUCCUCCCCUGUGCUACCGCCAGCUGAGGGCGGCGGCGGCCAGGACCCAGGAUCGCCUGAGCCUCAGCCGCAGCCGGAGACGCCUCAGCCAGGGCCGCUGCUGCCCAACGGCCUGAAGCCCGAGUUUGCCCUCGCGCUGCCACCAGAGCCGCCCCCGGGGCCCGAGGCCAAGGCGGGCAGCCGCAGCCUGGACCACGAGCUGAGCUGCCCCGAGAGCGAGAAGGAGCUGGAAGAGCUGCUUCUGGAAGCCAGUCAGGAGCCGGGGCAGGAGACACUGUGACACUUUAGUUCCUUUCUUCCGCUCGGUCUGGGAGGAGCUGAGGCCAGAGCCGUGAGAAUCUGCUCACCGUCCUCGCCGCGUUCCGGGGCCCAGGACGCCAGGGGCGGGAGCUCGCAGGACCCCUCGCCCACGACACUACCGGCGCAGGAGCCACGGGAGGCCCUCCCGCCCUGACUUCACUUGUAUUUAUGUGCCCCUCACUCUGAGACUGGACAUGGCUGGGGGUGGCCGGGAGGAGGAGGACGGGAGGCUGUGCCUGCGAGGCCGGAGGGGGCCUGUGGCCGGAGGGGCCUGCCCGUGGUGGUGGGCGGUCCCCGUGGGCGGGCACAGCACCAGGCAGGAGGCGUGGCGUGGGGGCGCUGAGGUUCCCAUAUCAGCCCCAGGCGGGGCGGGGGGCGGGGGGCUGGGAGUGGAGGAUCAGAGCUUUCUUUUCUUAAGUGCAAUAAAUCUAUCAGGGAGCGGGGGCGGGCAGCAGCGCGGCUCUGGGACCCUGCUGCCCGGGCCGUGAGGGUGCCCCGGAAGCACUACAGGCGGCGGGGGGGCGGGGCUGGGGCGGGCUGCUCCUGGCCGCGCCGCUCUGUCCACACCUUUUCUAAUAAACUAGGGCUGGGCUCACGUCGCCUGCUGUGCUGCUGCUGCCCCGGGCGCCCCUGGUCCCCCAGAGGCUGGGUGGGCCGCAGCUGCAUCCCCUCCCCGGCUCUCGGGGUGCCGGAUGUGCCCUCAGCCCCGGGUGUCCUGUGCCUCCGUGCCGGCAGACGCCGCCUCGUCCCCGCCAGCCUCGACGUUUGCAUAGGAACAGGCCCGGGGCCCGCACGGCUCCAGCUCCCUCCUGCCCAGUGUGGCUGGCGCGCAGCGGGAGGGCUGAGACGUGCCAGCCCCAGCACAGCCGGCUACCCGGGACACAGUGGGGACUCCCACCUGGGUGCAGGGCUCACGCCACGGCCACCCUGCUGCCCUGUGGCGCCUGUCCACAGCCCUGAGCCUGGGGCAGCGUCCUCUGAUGCCGGCUGUAGCUGGCUGGGAGGCGGUGUGAACAUCCCGUCUGAGCCCAGC